CCUCAGUCCUCGACGCCAGCGUCUGGAGGCAGCAGACAGUCAACAGGAGCCGCAAUGGCGGCAGCGGCGGCGGCAGCAGCAGCACCAGCCGGAUCGGUCGGCUUUGGCGAUAAUAACUAUGGAUCUGUAGGCACUGGCAGCGGACCUGGCCAGCGCUCAUCCGUGUUGAUGGCCACGCCUGCAUCUGUAUCUGCAGCAUCAGCAGCUGCGUCUGCAUCUACUGCGUCGGGUGGUCUGCUGAGUGGCACAAUGGGAAUCUCAGCAGCUGAUCUCCAUGAGAUCGUCCAGCUGCUGACUGUCUCGAGCAAGCAGCACCAGCACUAUCAGUAUCAACAGCCCUCGAUAUUCGGUGGCGUCUCUAACGCGACAACAUCGACGACGGCGGCGGCGGCGGCAAUGGCAUACAAUAAUACGAACAAUGGUUUUAGUGGCUCAAGCAACUGGACCAGCCCCUUUGUCUCUUCUGCAUUUGCGCCCGACUAUUACUGCCAGCAGCAGCAGCACCAACACCAGAACCAGAACCAGAAUCAGUAUCAGCCUCUUCCUGGUGCGCCCAGAAUCCUGCAGCAACUGGCUGAGCUUCAAUUAUUUACACCAGGCGCCCCGCCAGAAGACUGCGUUGCUGCGUUUGGAUCCGACGAAUCCUACGGAUGCCAUUGUCAUUGCCACAAUGCGGCGCCAAAUUACGCGCAGACCCGGUCGGCGGUGCUGGUCAACUCGCAGCGUAUGCUUCUGAUGGAUGAGUACCACGCUGUGCGUCGUCGCUAUGCGCAGGCGCUUGCUAGUCACCAAUCGCGCUGAAGCAAAUCACGCAUGUAAUCGCAUGCAUGUGUGCAGCUUCAUGUGACUUUUUUUUUUGCUCUCACGCAUUUUGAUUGCACCAUUCUCAAGUAUUUUAUUUUGUUGUUUUUGUAAUUGUAAUAGUUGGUGUUUACAUUUA